UGUCAUCUUUGAAGAAAUCUGGUACGUUAGCUACAUUAAAUGGAUCACCAGCUGUAGUCAGAGGUAUAGGACUGAAAGAUACAAUAACUGGCGGGACAAAUGAAAUUAUUACGUUAGGAACAGAAAAAGUUGAAUUAAAUAAGAACAUUUAA